CGGCGCCCACGGAGUCAAAGUGGAUCCGGGACCCAGGGAGGGCCACCCCCCGGGCCUGGUGGCAUUAAGCAGGGCCUCUCAGCCCCCACCUCUUGCCCCACGACAUGAACCUUCUCUACCGAAAAACCAAGCUGGAGUGGAGACAGCACAAAGAAGAGGAGGCCAAAAGGAGCUCCAGUAAGGAAACAGCCCCCACAGGCCCAGUGGGGCCUGGGGCUGUCCCAGGGCCUGGGGUGCGAGUACGGGACAUUGCCUCACUUCGAAGGUCCCUCAGGAUGGGCUUCAUGACGAUGCCAGCAUCCCAGGAACACACCCCUCACCCCUGCCGCAGCGCCAUGGCCCCACGCUCCCUCUCCUGCCAUUCAGUGGGCAGCAUGGAUAGUGUAGGGGCUGGGCCUGGAGGAGGUGGGGGAGGUCUCACAGAGGACAGUAGCAUCCGAAGACCCCCGGCUAAGCCCCGGAGACACCCCAGUACCAAGCUCAGCAUGGCAGGAUCAGGGGCAGAGACACCGCCAAGUAAGAAAGCAGGCUCUCAGAAGCCAACCCCUGAGUGUCGAGAAUCUAGCCGGAAGGUUCCACCACAAAAACCCAGGCGAAGCCCCAACACCCAGCUGUCUGUGUCCUUCGAUGAGUCUUGUGCCGCAGCCCCGUGUCCUCGAGGGGGGAACCUGCCCCUGCAACGCCUCAGCAGGGCAUCUCGAAUAUCCGGAGACCUGGAUGCAGGUACCCAAGAAGAAGAGCCAGUGUACAUUGAGAUGGUGGGGGAUGUCUUUCGUGGAGGAGGACGGAGUGGAGGAGGCCUCACUGGGCCUCCUCUUGGAAGUGGAGGCCCAACCCCUCCAGCAGGAGCCGAUUCAGACUCUGAAGACAGCGAAGCUAUAUAUGAAGAGAUGAAGUACCCACUGCCUGAAGAGGCAGGAGAUGGCAGAGCCAAUGGGCCUCCUCCAUUGAUGGCACCCUCCCCUCCUCAACAGCCUCAGGAUGGGACACCCACCAAGACCACUCCUUGUGAAAUACCCCCACCUUUUCCAAACCUUCUUCAACACCGCCCUCCACUCCUGGCCUUUCCCCAAGCCAAGUCUGCUUCACGAGCCCCUGGCGAUGGGGUCUCAAGGCUACCAGUCCUCUGCCACUCCAAGGAGCCAACUGGUUCCACCCCAGCUCCCCAAGUGCCUGCACGAGAGCAGGAGACGCCUCCCCUGCCGCCUCCACCUCCUGCUGCCAACCUGCUAUUGCUGGGACCAUCAGGCAGAGCCAGGAGCCACUCGACACCAUUGCCACCCCAGGGCUCAGGCCAGACCCGCGGGGAGCGGGAGCUCCCCAACUCUCACAGCAUGAUCUGCCCCAAAGCGGUAGGGGUACCGGCAGCCCACCCUACCCCAGCUGCCUUGCUCCCCGGCCCCCCCAAGGACAAGGCUGUGUCGUACACUAUGGUGUAUUCUGCGGUGAAAGUGACCACACACUCGGUCCUGCCAACUGGUCCACCCCUAGGUGUUGGGGAGCCAAAGACCGAGGAGAUUUCAGUUCUCCACGGGAUGCUGUGUGCCAGCUCGAGGCCCCCUGUACCCGGGAAAUCCAGCCCCCAUAGUGGGGCGAUGGGCUCAGCAGCUGGGGCCCUCCACCACCGUAGCUGCCUGACCUCCCCCCACAGCCUUCCGGAUCCAACUGCAGGUCCCCUGACCCCCCUCUGGACCUACCCAGCCACAGCAGCUGGGCUCAAGAGACCCCCUGCCUAUGACAGUCUCAAGGCUGGGGGGGUGCUGAAUAAGGGCUGUGGAAUAGGAGGACCGCCCCCCAUGGUCAAGAUCCAGCUGCAAGAGCCCGGGACUGAUGGGGGUGCCUUUGCCAGCAUCUCCUGUGCCCAUGUUAUUACCAGUUCAGGGACACCGGAAGAAGAGGAGAUGGGUGCCGCAUUUGGGGCAGGCUGGGCUCUGCAGAGGAAGGUCCUGUAUGGUGGGAAGAGAGCAAAGGAACUGGACACAGAAGUCGAGGACAGUGCCCGGGACUGGAAUGGCAGUACGGAGGGUCCAGGCAAAGUAGAGCCAGAGGACAGGGGUGCUGUGGCAUCAGGGAUCCCUGUGAGGAGCCAGGGGGCAGAGGGUCUGCUGGCCAGGAUCCACCACGAUCGAGGAGGGAGCCGCACAGCGUUGCCAGUCCCUUGCCAGACUUUCCCGGCCUGCCACCGGAAUGGAGAUUUCACAGGAGGGUACCGCCUGGGCCGCUCUGCCUCCACCUCUGGAGUCCGUCAGGCUGCGCUCCAUACCCCUCGGCCCUGCAGCCAGCCCAGGGUUGCCCUGAGCCAGACCCACCCUGUGCUGCCUCUGCCCCUGCCGCCCCAGCCCGCCCGGGAGCGAGACGGCAAACUCCUAGAGGUGAUUGAGCGCAAACGCUGCGUGUGUAAGGAAAUCAAGGCACGUCACCGCCCCGACCGGGGGCUCUGCAAGCAAGAGAGCAUGCCCAUUCUCCCCAGCUGGCGGCGGGGCCCUGAGCCCCGAAAGUCGGGCACCCCGCCCUGCCGCCGGCAGCACACGGUCCUCUGGGACACUGCCAUCUGAGGAUGCAGGGAAGGGAGGGGCCUGCCCAGGUCUACUUGAGAAGAGGGUUCCUACUAGGCCCAUCUGGGGACUUAAGGUGCCAGUAGCAUCCCAAGGAAGUGGGGGAGGAGGAGGGGUUUGCUUGACAUUGGAAGGGGGGUCUGAGCGUGUAGACUCCUCUUACUGAAGGGAAGGCCACGGUGGAGAUCACCAUGGGGAAAGGCGGGGUUUGGAGGAAGUUGAGGGUGGGGCAUACAGGAGAUUGACUGGAGCAACAGGGAAACUAGCUCUUUCAUCGAGAGCCGGGAGAGUGGGAAAGGGUAUUUAUUUUGUAUUUAUUUUAGUCUGGAGGGCAAUUCUGAGCCCUUCUGACCUACUUCUGAGCAGGAGGUGGAGAACCGUGACUAAAUUUGCACUCUCCCCAAGGCCAGUGCCUAACGACCUCCGCCAUCCUUGCCCCGCUAAAGGGGGGGAUGGGUCUGCUUGGGGAGCAGGCAGAGGCACAGGCUCAGACAGUGGCAGUAUUUAUAGUUUUCCCAGAAUUUGGUAGUGAGUGUGGUCUGCUGUAAAACAGGCGUUUUAUUUAGUUCUGGGGUAAGGGUCUAGCCAGGGACGGGUGGGAUGAUGGGCAGAGGGAAAACUUAA